AACAGGCUACCAACCACUGCCACGUUUUCAUCUAUUGGUAAACAUUAGCUGUGGGUUGGCCUUAAGGGAGGAAGACUGAAUUAGUUCCAGAUGGAGAACUCUUUCAGCCCAUUUAAGGCUUUCCAGUUGAUUUAAGACAGCAGGCAGAAAAACUGCAAUAGACUACAUGAAGAAGCAUGUGAAGUUCAUUUUUAUGCAAGAUGUUAUUUGGAGGACCAAGUACGCUUUUUCAGGCCAUGGGAUAUGAAAGACUAAUCGCAUGAUAUUUUUGUUCCGUCGAAGUGCUGUUCUGUGCUAAGUCAAUGUUGGUUUGUAUUAAGGACAAACAUUAAUUUCUUAAUGUCAGCAUGUCGACUGUGACAAGUGCUCAGACACCGGAGGAACCUAAUACUCCCCCCCUUGAAGAAAAGCCAAAGGGAAAAUCACUGUUUCAUUUGGGUUUGCUCUUUGCUAACAGGAGUGAAAAAUUUGUAAUUGCUAGGAGUGAUAGUGUACCAGAGGAGAACGUUCUGAAAAUAACUAUCACAGAGACUACAGUCAUUGAGUCGGACUUGGGCAUCUGGAAUUCUCAUGCUCUCAUCUACCUCACUUUGUGGUUUUUCUUCAGCUUUUGCACUCUUUUUCUUAACAAAUACAUUCUUUCAUUACUGGAAGGAGAGCCCAGCAUGCUAGGUGCUGUUCAAAUGCUUUCAACCACCUUCAUUGGCUGUAUAAAAAUGUUUGUUCCAUGUUGCUUGUAUCAACACAAAACACGCAUCUCUUAUCCACCCAAUUUCAUCAUGAUAAUGCUGUUUGUUGGAUUAAUGAGAUUUGCAACAGUAGUCUUGGGUCUUGUCAGCUUGAAAAACGUGGCAGUUUCAUUUGCAGAAACUGUUAAAAGCUCUGCACCUAUUUUUACUGUUAUCAUGUCUCGGAUGAUAUUAGGAGAAUACACUGGAUUGCUGGUUAAUCUCUCUCUCAUUCCUGUUAUGGGUGGGCUAGCUCUGUGUACAGCUACUGAAAUCAGUUUCAACAUUCUGGGUUUCUCGGCAGCUUUAUCUACUAAUAUCAUGGACUGUUUGCAAAAUGUCUUUUCCAAGAAACUACUCAGUGGAGAUAAAUACAGAUUUUCAGCCCCAGAGCUUCAGUUCUAUACAAGUGCUGCUGCAGUGGUUAUGCUUAUUCCAGCUUGGAUAUUUUUCAUGGAUGUGCCUGUGAUUGGGAAAAGUGGGAGGAGCUUCAGCUACAACCAAGAUGUCGUCAUACUUCUCUUAAUAGAUGGAGUCUUGUUCCACCUACAAAGUGUUACAGCCUAUGCCUUGAUGGGAAAAAUUUCUCCUGUGACUUUCAGUGUUGCUAGUACUGUGAAGCAUGCGCUGUCAAUCUGGCUAAGUAUUAUUGUGUUUGGUAACAAAAUCACAAGCCUCUCGGCCAUUGGGACUGUUCUAGUGACAAUUGGAGUUCUACUGUAUAACAAGGCAAAGCAGCAUCAGCAAGAGACUAUACACAGCCUGGCAGCUGCAGCCCCGCAAUCCGCACAAAGUACAGCUGAAGAUACUGAGCCACUAAUUUCCAAGGACUUGGAACCGUAUGAUUAAUAUGGCCAUUUAUUCUUCCAACCUAGUGUAACUCAAAGGAACUCUUCCUGAAAGUGGUUGUUUCUUCAACUGUUGAUGCCGAUUUGGUUCCUUUGAGUUCAUGGCAGGUCAAGCCUGGGACUUGAAGCAGAGAGAAAAGAAUCCAGUAAGCCUUGAUUUACUGAGAAACUGAUACACCAGAGGGCCUAGUAUCAUAUAAUGUGGUAAACGUGGGCUUUAUUGUCUUUCCUUGACUGCAAAUACCAUACAAGCCUAUAUUAGAGAAGGGACUUCAGCGUCUGUGGGAAAACAGUUUCUUUUUCCCUACCCAUCAAAAUAAUGUGAAAACAUGGACCCAUCACUGUAUUCCACUUGCUUGCGGUGGAAUGAAAUUGGUGCAUAACUGAAAUUCCUAGUUGGUGUUACUCUACGCUGCCUGCAUCUUCCAUCAUUUGUGUGCGCUGUAGAGCUGGAAGAAGGAACCCCCUCCUCUCCCAACAAAUGACUUAUUUUGGUAUACGUUUAGUUGAAGUAAACUAUGGAAAUGAGCCCAUG